CACCGUCGACCUCCUCCACUUCCGCAGCACCUGCUCCACCUGGCACUCCUCCACCCCUUCCUCUCCCACCGCCACCACCACCACCGCCUUCCCCCUCCUCCCUCGAAACCAGACUGUACCGCAUCCACCACCCUUCCUCCUCCUCCUCCAAAGGAUGGAUCAUCCUCCUUUCUCACAACGAUUCCUUCCCUCUUCGCAUCUUCGACCCUUUCACGAACUUGCCACUCUCUCUCUCACACACAAACCCUCCCCCCUUCGUUUCCCCCUCCCACUUGAAUCUCCUGAAUUUCAACCUCCUCGACCUCCUUCAAUCCCAUUCUCUUCACCACCACACUCAUGAAUUCCAACCCUUCAUGCCUCUCCCUGAAACCCACAAAGCUAUUCUCUUCCCGAGUUUGACUUCCUCCGUUGACUCCCGCAAGGUCUUCGCUCUCUACAACCACGGCAAGCUUCACGUUUUGAAGAUCGGCGACCACAAUUGGACGAUUCUCGAUGACGCCAACUGUUUCGAUGACAUGAUCGUCCACAAUGGUCAACUCUACGUGGUUGACAAAGUAGGUACGAUUUCAUGGGUGGAUAGUGAAACCCUAAAAUUGGUUCAAUUCUCGCCAAUGCUGUGCGGUUUGGGGAAGAAGAAACGGUUGGUGGAGUGUGGUGGGUGGCUGUAUGUAGUUGACAUGUACAUAGAAGGUGAACCCGACAGCCCUUGGGACAUGUAUUGGGAGGUGGUGGAUGUUAAGGUUCAUAGGCUUGAUGAAGAAUGGGGUAGGUGGUUGGAUGUUAAGGAUUUGGGUGGCUAUGCUUUUGUGUUGGGUAAGAUGUUUACUUUCUCUCUUUUGGCUCAAGAUUACUAUGGUUGUGAACCCAAUUCUCUCUAUUUUUUCUCUGCUAAAAGAGCUUCUUCUUUCACCUUGAACGAUUCAAGGUUCAAGCUCCCUAAUCGCUUUUGGCCUUGCCCAUCUCUCUUUCAACGCAAGUUCAAUUUGUAAGUGCCUCAACUCUUGUUGGAAGCACAAGCUGGUUCUGUUAAAGCCUAUUAAUAUUAUUAUGUCAUUCAUAGAUUGAAGGUUACAAAUUUGUAAAUCAUUAUUAUGUCAUAACUGGUUUAUA